CAAUGAAACGUAUGUCCUAAUUGAAAUUGUCUACCGUUCUACGUCUUGUAUUUGACUUAGGCUCGUUGACUUGACCAGUCAAGAAUUACGAGCUUGACCAUCCCAAACUAUGGAACUACGACUACGACGAACUCAUAUAAGAGCCUGUCCGUAGGAACAUCGCUCUGCUCUCGCCUAACUCAUUCCCCUUUCACAGUAUGCAUUCCCCUGCUUCUUCUACUCUUUACUUCCUCUGCUCUGCUCUCCUCUUCCACGCAUUUCUGACCACUGCCAUCGAUCCUCUCCACGCUAAGUGCUCCAUCUCCAAAAACUACACGUCUAACGACGCCUUCGGCCACAACUUGCCUCAGAUGAUGUCCCUGCUCGCGACAAAAGCCGCACCGAUCGGCUUCGCGCUCGGCUCCGUCGGGCACGGCGACGGCCGAGUGAACGGCCUCGCGCUGUGCCGCGGCGACGUCCGAAGCUCGGCAUGCACCUCGUGCAUCCUGACCGCCGGCGCCCGCAUCCGCGACCUCUGCCCUCGCAACAAGGAGGCUGUCGUCUGGUACGACGAGUGCAUGGUGCGGUACUCCGACGCCGCAUUCUUCGGCGACGCCGACUACGACCAAAGCUUCCCCUUGUUCAACCCUCGUAACACUUUCAACACGCGGAACGUUUCAGACCCGAAGGUCUUCGACGGAAAGGUGGCGCUCUUGUUGGAACGGCUGAAGAACAAGGCUUACAUCUCCCCGUUGAUGUUCGCGAAGCAAGAGUUGGAGAUAGGAGAUCAGUCGAGGAACCUGUACGGAUUAGCUCAGUGCACGAAAGAUAUAUCUGGCGGUGACUGCAAGAAGUGUCUGGAGGCUGCCAUUAACAAGCUCCGCAGAUGCUGCAGGGGCCAACGAGGGGCGAGGGUAGUAGGUGGCAGCUGUAACAUGCGAUACGAGUUGUACGCUUUCUUAGAUGAUGCCUAGGAACGAUGUUGGCUUGUUGGGUGUUCUGUGGAGCCAGUAAUGAUUAUUUCUUGAUUAUAAUUAACGAAAUCUUUCCCAAUGGUUCCAGGCC